CUCUACCUAGAGCUGAGUUGGCGGCGCGGCCCCUGGGGGUGGGACGCUCGGCGCAAUGGCUGAGGCUAGCGGGGAAGUGGUCGCAGUGCCGGCGUCCGGAGCUGCCAACGGCCUCACCAAUGGCGCAGGCGGGACCUCGGCGCAGUCCAACAACCCGCUGUCACGCAAGUUGCAUAAAAUCCUGGAGACGCGGCUGGAUAACGACAAGGAGAUGUUGGAGGCUCUCAAGGCACUUUCAACCUUUUUUGUUGAAAAUAGUUUGCGGACCCGGAGAAAUUUACGUGGAGAUAUUGAACGUAGAAGUUUAGCUAUCAAUGAAGAAUUUGUAAGCAUAUUCAAGGAAGUCAAGGAGGAACUCGAAAGCAUAAAUGAAGAUGUUCAAGCAAUGAGCAACUGUUGUCAAGAUAUGACAAGUCGCCUUCAGGCAGCAAAGGAACAGACUCAAGAUUUAAUAGUAAAAACGACUAAGCUUCAAGCUGAGAGUCAGAGAUCAGAAAUAAGGGCACAAGUUGCAGAUGCCUUUUUAUCCAAGUUCCAACUGACUUCUGAUGAAAUGAGUCUUCUCCGCGGUACAAGAGAAGGACCUGUUACUGAGCAUUUUUUCAAGGCACUAGGAAGAGUAAAGCAGAUUCAUAAUGAUGUCAAAGUCCUCUUACGGACUAACCAACAAACAGCAGGUUUAGAAAUUAUGGAACAGAUGGCAUUGCUUCAGGAAACAGCUUAUGAAAGACUUUACCGAUGGGCUCAAAGUGAAUGCAGAGCAUUAACACAAGAAUCUUGUGACAUAUCUCCAGUAUUAACUCAGGCAAUGGAAGCCCUGCAGGAUAGACCUAUCUUAUAUAAGUACACCUUAGAUGAAUUUGGAACAGCCAGAAGAAGUACAGUUGUUCGUGGAUUUAUUGAUGCCCUUACAAGAGGUGGCCCAGGAGGCACACCUAGACCCAUUGAAAUGCAUUCCCAUGACCCUUUGAGGUAUGUGGGAGAUAUGUUGGCUUGGCUCCAUCAAGCUACUGCUUCUGAAAAGGAACAUCUUGAAGCCCUCUUAAAGCAUGUGACUAUGCAAGGUGUUGAAGAAAAUAUUCAAGAAGUUGUUGGGCAUAUCACCGAAGGAGUAUGCAGGCCUCUGAAGGUUCGGAUCGAACAAGUAAUAGUUGCUGAACCUGGGGCAGUUUUACUUUAUAAAAUUUCUAAUCUCCUCAAAUUUUAUCACCAUACAAUCAGUGGCAUUGUUGGAAAUAGCGCAACUACAUUAUUGACUACCAUUGAAGAAAUGCAUUUGCUAAGCAAAAAAAUAUUCUUCAAUAGUUUGAGUCUUCAUGCAAGUAAAUUAAUGGACAAGGUUGAACUCCCACCUCCUGAUCUGGGACCAAGUUCUGCACUAAACCAGACACUCAUGUUGCUGCGUGAAGUUUUGGCAUCUCAUGAUUCUUCAGUCGUGCCAUUAGACGCCCGUCAAGCUGAUUUUGUGCAGGUUUUAUCGUGUGUCUUCGAUCCUCUCCUUCAGAUGUGUACCGUAUCAGCCAGCAAUUUAGGCACAGCUGACAUGGCCACUUUCAUGGUCAAUUCACUAUAUAUGAUGAAAACAACGUUAGCUCUUUUCGAAUUCACUGACAGACGUCUGGAAAUGCUACAGUUUCAGAUUGAAGCACAUUUGGACACACUUAUAAAUGAGCAAGCCUCUUACGUUUUAACUAAAGUAGGCUUGAGUUAUGUCUAUAACACUGUACAGCAACAUAAACCUGAACAGGGCUCUUUAGCUAAUUUGCCCAACCUAGAUUCUGUGGCACUGAAGGCUGCAAUGGUCCAGUUUGAUCGUUACCUGUCAGCCCCAGACAAUCUGUUAAUGCCACAGCUGAAUUUUCUGCUAAGUGCCACAGUGAAAGAGCAGAUUGUAAAACAGUCUACAGAAUUAGUCUGCAGAGCCUAUGCGGAAGUGUAUGCAGCUGUGAUGAACCCAGUCAACGAAUACAAAGAUCCAGAGAGCAUUCUACACCGUUCACCGCACCAAGUGCAGACACUUCUCUCCUGAUGAGCUCGUGUAAUUGUGUUCACGAAAUAAUGCAUCCCUAAAACACUGAAGGUGAUCUUGCUUAUGGUAUAUUAAUCCUUUGAAAUUUAAUACUUCCAGCUUUUUUUGGUGUGUCCUAAGAUUAUAGGUCCCAAGAAUUUCUUUCGGUCUCAAUAACAUGGAAGUAAGUAACAUUCUGACCUGUUAGAAUUGCUCCGUAUCUGCUCUCCAUAGAAGUGCUAUCUUCUGAGCCAUCCACCUCUACAGCUCUGUAGUGUCCCCUGUAUUCUGGAACAUAAAUGUAUGGCAAACAACGGUAUAAGAGAUUUGAGAGGUUUUCCUUUUCUAUGAACUAGUUCUAAAUUGACAGCUCAUGAAAAAAAUAAUUUGUCUAAACAGGAAUUAGUAUAAGGAUAUGGCCUAAUAAAUGUCUCUUUACUUAAAGAUUUAUGGCUUUUAUUUGAAUAGUUGUAUUUAAUAAUUUUUUUGAAUUUAGCCUCUGUCUAUAUCUCCAAAAUAACUGCCUUAAAGAAGCUAUUAGGAAGGAGAAAAAUAACAGUGGAUUGUGCUACAGGUGUACAUACCUGCAAAUCUCUUUUCCAUUUUACUUUAGCACAUAGGGCGCAAUAGACUACAUAUAUUUUUAUGCAGUUUUACGUAUACACUGAGCAAAAAGGAAAAAAAGAAAACAAAUUUAAAUAGGGAUUCCACUCUAGAUGUCCUGGACAGAACUUGAGGUAGAGCUGAGCACUCCCAGAGAGUGCUAGGAGCAGAGGCCUGAAGCUGCACAGCAACCUGGUGUUUAACAGUCCAACCAAC